AUGCUUAUAAUCACUCUUUCAGUGUGUGGCUGCAGGGGAUUCUGGACAGAAGCCAAGAAAAAUGCGGUGGUUGUACAGGCAGACGCUUUCAAGGAGGCGGAUGUUCUUUACAGAGCUCUAAGCCUGAAAGGUCAUCACCAUGACAUGCUCCAAUCUGCUGAAUUGGUGCACCGAUCAUCCACGGAUGCUGCAUCGUCCCUCCUAGUGACUGCACUCAACGAAGGACGGGAUGUGAUCAUGGAUGGCACUCUAUCAUGGGCACCCUUUGUCGUUCAGACAAUAGCAAUGGCCCGAAAUGUUCACAACUGCCGAUACCGGAUGGGAGUUGGAUACAAGGUGGCUGAUGAUGGCACCAUCACUGAAAAUUAUUGGGAACAAGAAGAAGAAGAGGAUGAGCAUCAAAAGUUAAAAAAAGCAGGGAAGCCCCAGAGAAAACCGUACAGAAUAGAGUUGGUUGGAGUGGUUUGUGAUGCUUAUUUAGCUGUUAUUGGAGGCAUUAGGAGAGCUAUAAUGAUUCGUAGGGCAGUGAGGGUAAAUUCACAGAUUCAAUGCCACCAGAGAUUUGCUAAAGCAUUUACUGGAUACUGCCAGCUUGUCGAUAAUGCCAGGCUCUACUGCACUAAUGCUAUGGCUGGCCCUCCUAAGCUGAUAGGAUGGAAGGAUGGAGACAACAACCUGCUAGAGGAUCCGAAAGAAUUCAAAUGCUUGACAGACUUGAGCAAUUUGAACUCUAAAGCCGAUUCGAUUUACGAGCUUUACACGCACAACCCGGGCCUUAUACUGGAACCUGGUUCUGUUUGGAAAGAAGCUGUUUUGUCCCCUGCAAGGCCAAGCAUUCAGCGCAAGCUAAAGGCUUGCAUUCAAAGAAUUGAAAUUUCAAGUAUUACUGCUGACGAAUUAAGUUAACAGUACUAUUUAUUAAUCCAAUUGGUCCAUAUUUCAACCUUGUGCGUUCA